CCCUAGUGCGCAAAGCGCAUAUAUAUCGUCCUCUUGUAAAUAUGAAACUCUGAAAGGCCGCCGAAGCAUUAGCAGCAGAAAGCUCAGAUCGAGACGGCUUAGGGUUCAGUUCUUGGAAAUCAGUCACCAUGACUUUCAAGAGAAGAAACGGCGGGAGAAACAAGCAUGGCCGUGGCCAUGUGAAGUUCAUCCGUUGCUCUAACUGUGGCAAAUGCUGCCCUAAGGACAAAGCUAUCAAGAGGUUUCUGGUGAGGAACAUUGUUGAGCAAGCUGCAGUUAGGGAUGUCCAGGAGGCUUGUGUUUAUGAUGCUUACACUCUUCCUAAGCUGUAUGCAAAGAUGCAAUACUGUGUUUCUUGCGCCAUCCACUCUCACGUUGUGAGGGUUCGAUCGCGGGAAAACAGGAGGAACCGUGAACCCCCACAGCGUUUCAGGCGUCGGGAGGAUACACCUAGGCCUGCAGCUCCUGGUGCACCUGGUCAGGCUCCACGCCCAGCUGGAGCGCCAGCUGCUCGUCCAUGAAAAGACACCACCACAUCUGCUGCUCCAUUGCUUUGAGGAUGUGCAUUGAGGCUAUUACUUUUGGCUGCUGCCUUUGCCUUAUUUCCAUGUUAUUGUUGAACGCGUGUUUGACUCUGAUUAUGACUAGUGUGUAGUAUCUUGUUGAGUUUAGUCUUAAAUGUCAUAGUAUCAUCUUGUGCUAAGGUAAUUGGAAAAGGUAGCAGGUUAUUCAAAACCUGAGUUUUUAUUUUCCAAUGGCUGUAGUAUGAAGUGAUAUUCUUACAAGUUUACAUCAAUUUUAUUCGUUUGAGCUAUUGCUUUUAGCAAAGAACUUGACCUGGUUGUUGGGAUGAUCCUUGAUCCGCAUA